AUGGAGACGAGGAUGAGCAAGUACCGGGAAGUGAGUCCAGAGAGAGCAAAAGUGUGGACAGAGAAAUCACCAAAGUACCAUCAGAAGAUUAACAAAGUCCCAAUUGUUUAUUACCUCUCCAAGAAUCGUCAACUCGAGCACCCUCAUUUCAUGGAGGUUCUCAUUUCUUCCCCAAACGGUUUAUACCUUAGAGAUGUUAUAGAGAGGCUUAAUGUUCUCAGAGGUAGAGGCAUGGCUUCAAUGUAUUCUUGGUCCAGUAAGAGAAGCUAUAGGAAUGGUUUUGUUUGGCAUGACUUAUCAGAAGAUGACUUAAUUCUACCUGCUCAUGGGAAUGAGUAUGUUCUCAAAGGUUCUGAGUUAUUUGACGAAUCUAAUUCAGAUCACUUUAGUCCAACUGCGAAUUCAGCGUCACAAAACAUGAAGCAGAUAGUUGUGGAACCACCAUCAUCUAGAAGCAUGGAUGAUUCCUCUUCGUCGUCUAGUAUGAAUAAUGGCAAGGGAACUAAUAAGCAUUCGCAGGAAGAUGAUGAGCUUUCUACUCCAGCAGUCCGCUCUGUUUCUUCUUCUGGUCUAUCGCCUGAUUCUAGAGACCCCAAGAACUCAUCUUCUUGGUGUUUAGCUGAGUACAAGGUGUAUAAAAGCGAAGGCCUCGUAGAUGCCUCUACGCAAACCGAUGAAACUGUGAGCGGUUGUUCUAAAAAACCCAUAGAGACUUUCAGUAGAGGUGUCUCAACUGAUGAAGAUGGUUCAUCAGAACCUGAAUCCAGCGAAAAUAAUCUCGUGAGCGAGGCUUUGUGUGCAGCGAAGGACAGGGUUAGUGUGGAAAUAUCAAGAAACUCUGUCUCUCCGCCUUUUUCUAAUAGUGCCUCUUCGCUCGGUGCAAAGACUGAUACUUUGGAGUCCCUAAUACGAGCUGAUGUUAGUAAGAUGAAUAGUUUUCGGAUUCUUGAGCAAGAAGAUGUUCGAAUGCCUGCUAGUUCGAGGCUUAGGGCCUCGAAUAUGCUGAUGCAGUUGAUUUCAUGUGGAUCAAUAUCAGUCAAGGAUAACAAUUUUGGCCUUGUACCAACUUACAAACCGAAAUUUGGACAUUCGAAGUUCCCAUCCCCUUUCUUCUCCUCGUCGUUUAUGCUGGGAGAUCUUGACCGCUUGUCGGAAACUCCGAGUCUAAUGGGGCUGAGACUGGAAGAGAAAGAAUAUUUUAGCGGGAGUUUGGUCGAGACCAAGCUACAGAAAAAGGAUGCAGUGGAUGGUAAUACUUCUCUUAAGCGUUCUUCAUCCUACAAUGGUGACAGGGCAUCCAACCAAAUUGGUGUACUAGAGAACGGAGACUCAAAACCCAGUGGUUCAAAACACAUUCCACGCCCGACAAAGGCUUCUUCUAUAAUAAGCAAGCAACAACCACACAGCAAGUCCAUGAGAUCUCCUGUCUCGGACAAGGUAGGAGACUCCUCGAAAGAAAGUACCAAGAACAUUCCAUGUUCCAAUAAAACACAUGACGUUUGUAGUAAAAGAAUAACCGAAUCUUUGAGGAAGCCCGAUUCUUUCAGAGAAGCCGAGGAGAAGGUGAUCAAGAUCGAUGAAAGGCUUGCUUCAGGAGCGCGCGUUAUAAUCCAAUCAAAUGUGCCUGCAGGGUGUGCAUGA